UCCUCCAGGAAGCCUUCCGGGCUCAGCCCUCGCUUCCCACCGCGCAGCCAGCGGCUGGAGGACGGCGACUCUCGGCAGCAACAUGAGCACCCCCCAGCCCACCCAGGCAGAGCUAAGCCCGGCCGAGACUUCUGGAGGCCUGGCAGGAAAGGGUGCCCGGGAGCAGGGCCCGAGGCUGGGCCCGAGGCUGCCCUCCAUCGUGGUGGAGCCCACUGAGGCGGGUGCUGUGGAAAGUGGGGAGCUGCGCUGGCCCCCAGAGGGCCCCCAGAGAGGAGCCCCCGAGAGCCAGACUGCUGCUGCAACCUCCCCGGGGCCGCGGGGAGCUCCGGGGACGGCAGCCGAGGGCGCUGGCGGCCCCUCCCGCUCCCCGCACCAAGAGCCCCUGGCCCAGUGA